AUGACUGUGCAGCUGGUUCUUGUCUCUAUACGACUUACAAAAGCUGGUGUGCCUCCGAAGACUUUUACCGGUACCCAAGUAUCUAGGAUGUGCCAGCGUAGCAACAAUCGCAACUCACAUCAAAAAUUCCCUGCCCUUUUCCUGUUGAUUCUGGAGCAAGACCUGAUCAGGGCUCAUGCCAUGACAGAACAAGCUCGCAUUGAUCUCCAAUGGUUCAUUAAAUCGCUGAAGAGGUAUGCAGCCAAUGAGCAGGGCCACUAUAUUCCACCUGAUCUUACUGAUGCUGACAAAGCUCUCAUGUUUCUAUUUCUUGAUGCUGCCCUGAACUCCACAAUUCUCUAUAUGCUAUUGCAUGGCAUAUACACCGGAAUUCUUGCUGUUACGCUGUGGAAUAUAUUCAUCAACAAAUGUUGGCCAAUGCGACGAGCCUUGGUCAUUGUUAUUAUUCUCCUCUAUACUCUGAUUACUAUCAAUAUUGCUACCACUUGGUCAUUCCUAUGCUCCGGAUUCAUCGAAAACACGCAAAGCUUUUGGACUGUAUUCUCGAAGCUUAGCGGUGCAGUGAAUCAAGCAGCCUAUUUGGAGAUAGGUAUUGCAGCCUCUUUGAGUACCAUUCUUGCAGACUCAUAUAUUAUUUGGUGCUGUUGGAUGGUCUGGGGAUGGUGCUGGCUUAUUGUUCUGCUUCCGAUCCUUUGCCUAAUUUCCGCAACUGUGUCAAGAAUCAUUGAGAUAUAUCAUGAGUACUUUCCAUCGGACACAGUAUUCCUGACGCUCUACAUGACCUUCAUCCUGGCAAUGACACUAUGGUGCACGCUGCUUAUCAUUUUCCGUAUUUUGACUGUUACUGGGGUUAGAUAUGGAGCAGGCAGCCGACUGAGAGUUUACCACCGUUUUAUUGGAGUGCUAGUGGAAUCCUCCGCUCUCUAUUCAAUAGCUCUGAUCCUAGACUUGGCUUUCUACAUUCACAAUGAUUAUGGAUCAUAUUACCCUGAUACCAUAGCUGCCAUUAUGAAGGGAGUUGCACCCACACUCCUUGUUGGUAGAGCAGCCGCAGGACACACACAGCCAACCGAAGAAUAUGAUGAAAGUUCGACGGUGUCGACCCUUCGUUUCCAAAUGGCUUCCCAAUCUUCUCAACCUUCGCAACCUUCCAUGACAAGCUUUCAGGAAUCCACCAGGCAGAGCCCAGUCCUUGAAAUGGACAUCGAAGCUCAACGGGAGCGGUCAGAUGAGCUCAUGCAAGUAUCUAAAUCUGACUCUAAACCUCUGACAGUCCUAAGGAGCGUUGUUAUCCCUACGUGUUUACCCUGCCCUGCGUUUCACCCUGCCAUCUGGGGACUCAAAAGUUUGCAAGGGCCGCCCCUCAGAACUCGAAAUAAUGACAGGAACAUCUUCCGAUGGGACAAGAAAGGCGGGGUAGCGGAUUCUAGUUUCCCUUGGCGCAUCACUUCCGACCACAACAUUUCGUCUUUCCAGCCGAAUUGGAAGGUUGGAGUCGCCUUGAAUGGUUCAGUCUCGUCCACAACAGGCGUCUACUAUCCUGGUCCUACGUCGCAGACAACAAGCACUACUCCCCAUCAAGCUCGCAACCCUCCAAAUGCACCGUCGAACCCAGGUGAGACGAAGACGCCAAGUCAGGUCAAUAGUAACCAAUCCCUGCAGAUCAAAGGCAACGGACGCGCCACGAAUCAGGGAUUUUCCUCAACCUCCGGCGUCCAGAUUGCUAUGACACGCUUCUACGAGGUCACGUAUGACACUGCAACACAGACGGCGGUGAUUGGUGCUGGUAGUAUUUGGGAUGACAUCUAUGCAGUGCUGGAUGCUCAGGGGUAUUUGUAUCUGAGAAACCAGUACGGGCUCUCUAUCGAUAAUGUGGUCGCGUACGAGCUGGUGGCGCCGAAUGGGACUGUGGUGACUGUGAAGGAAGAGACCGAUAUGGAGCUUUUCUUUUCAGGGCAGCGGCAACAACUACGGCAUCGUCACUCUGUUUACCUUAAGGACGUUCCCGCAGGGUACCAUUUGGGUACGCCCACUCUCGGAGUAUCAGUAGAGACGACUGACUGGCUUCUCCAGGGAUCCAUCUUCGUCAAGUUCUGUUCAGAAGCCACCAAUCCCAAACCCGCAGUAUCACUACCCAUCAUAUACAUAAAGAGUAUGUCCAGCGGUCAGGAUUACUACCGGUUCACGAACCUGACUAGGACCGUAUACAAUGAUAUCCCCACACUCGAGUACUCCAAGUCUGUCAUCCAACGCAUCAUCAAUGGUCUCACUUCCUGGGACCCAGCCCUUCCUAACCAGCUAUGCCCUCGAAAACUUCCUCCCCAGCAUCCUCGCACACACUCCCGCAGGCUCUUUCACAUAUGCAGGCUUGCGCGCCCACGUCGUCUUUUGUACUUGGAGUGGGUGAAGGAAGAGGAGGACGGUGUGUUUCGCGAUACAGCAAGGAAGCUCGGGGCUGUGAGGGAGAAGUGGAUUCAGAAGGUAGAGGAGAUGCGAACGGUGCUGCUAUCACGUGAGAGGCAAGGGUCGGCUUGA